AUGAAUCCAAUUUUAAUAUUCACAUUAUUAUGUUUGAUACAAGGCUAAUAAAUUUCACAUGGGAUGCAUUAUUUAUAAGAUAAAUUUUAUGGGAAAAUCGAUACAAAUGUCUAUUAUUACUAUUAAGUCAAAUUUGAAAAUCAAAAUUAUUGUGCUUCCAUUAAUUAUUAAUGUUUCUUUUUGAAUCAAUUACAAUUAAAUAAUUAUGUUGAUCAUACAUAUGAUAAGUUAAAGCCUAAAUUAAUGAAAAAUGUAAUAAUAUUUAUUAUAUGAAGGUUUUCGAAUUCGUUGAUUUUUUAUAACAAAAUAAAAAAGCAUAUUUCAAAGAUUCUUCAAGAAGAGAACUAGAAAAAAGUUUUGAAAAAUAUUAUCAAAUUUGA